AUUUAUGUCUGAAAAACCAAAUCAAUAAAAUCCUAAAAAGGGAGAGCCUUGGAAGCCAAAAGAAAAAUUUGAUAAGAAGGCUAAUAAAGAGAAGUAGAAGCAAGAAUAAGAAUAAGGUGAAGGAAAAUAGGAAACUAAUUAGCCACCAUAAUAAUAAAAUAAAUAGCCCAUCCAAUAAUAGACAGCUGAUUAAUAGCCGACUUAAUAAUAGGUGCCCACGAAUGAUAAAUAAAUUGCUUAAACUAAUGCUUCAAAAGAGUAAGAUAAGCGAAAAGAUUUUCUUUCACAUCUACCGAUAUUUUAGGAUUAUACUUCUGUAAGUAUCAAGACUGUCAAAUAAAUUGAUGUAAAUAAAUUCUUAGAAUAUAGCCUUUAACUUUGCAUCAUGCUUUUAUUGAGCUUUGUAUUUAAUAUCAAAAUGGAUAGUGUAUAGGGUCCACCCAUCGAUGUGUUGAGUUUCUUAAUGCCUUAAAACAAUUUAUAAGGGAUUAUAAGCUAUCAAGACAAUCAAAUUAUUUUGCAAUGGCCUUUUUGGAUGAAUUAAAGAAAAUUUUUAAUUUGAUGAAAAACUUUAGAACAGUGAAUGAAGGAAUGAGCACAUCAUAUUUAUUUAUAAGAGAGUGUUUGAUGAUCUUGAGAGACACAAAACUUGAUGAAAACGAAUCAAAAAUAUGGCUAUGCAAUCAAAUUGAUUAAUUCAUUCAAUCAAAAAUAAUCGCAGCAUCAGAAUUAAUUGUUAAAAAUGUAUUGAUAUAAAAAUUCAUAUUUUACAGGCUACUUAAUUGAUAUAGGAAGGAACUACAAUUCUGGUGUAUGCAAGAUCUUAUUUGAUUGAGAAUUUCAUAAUAAACUACUUCAAGUAAGGAAAGCAAUUGACCAUUUUUGUAGUCGAUAAUCCUCAAUUUGGAGAAGGAUCUCAAUUAGUGAAUCGUUUGUAAUAAUAGGGAAUUCCCUGUUAUCAAAUAUUGUUAUCUCAUGUCAGUUAUAUUCUGUCAAAAGUAGCAAACGAUGAAUAUUGUUUAGGUUGACAAAAUUCUAGUAGGGGCAUCAUCUAUGUUAUGUAACGGAGCUUUGGUUUCUAGAGUCGGAACUGCUUUAUUGGCAUGUCUAGCAUCAACCCACAAAAUACCAUUUUUAGUAUUUUGUGAAAGUUAUAAAUUCUCAGAGAAAAGUCAGAUUGAUUCUUUAUCUUGGAAUGAGAUAGCAUAAUUAGAACAGGGCAACGAAAAUCAAUAAUACACUUCUUUAAGUCUCAGAUAUGAUAUAACUUAAUCCAAUUACAUCAAUAUGGUAUGAGUCAUAGGUGAUUUAUUAGAUAGUGACUGAAGUUGGAUUGAUACCGGCAACAUCUGUAAAAGCAGUAAUUGGGGAAUUCAAAAAGUAUAAUUACGUAGAUGCUAUUGAAGUUCCAAGAAAAGAACAAUGAUAAUGAUAAUGUUUAAUAGG